AUGUUUGCACGAUAUUAUGAUAACGAUCACGAAAUUAAACCGAAAUAUUCUACUCAAGUUCUUAUUGGAAAUUGGUAUGAAGAUCGUUUUCACUUGAACAGUUUUUUCAUUACAAAAUAUUUUCAGCCUGAUAGAAAUCUUCCUAUUCCAGUAAAAAUUGAAAAUGAUGGUUUUAGAAGGUACGAUAGCAGUUCAGGAAAUUUUGUCGUCAUCCCACACAAAGCAAUACAUCCUCUUGAUUCGACAUUGAAAACGUCAGCAGGAACAUCAAAAGAUAUAUUAAAACCACCUCCAGUUAUCAAACAAGAUAACCAUACAAAACGAGCGACAUUAAAAGACAUAUCAGAUGUAAAUAAACAAAUUUGGCGAGAGAAGAACCUACUAGAAUCAGGCAGAUCGACGACUUACCGACGAGAUUUCAGGGUGUGGCCAGGGAUACCUCGAUGGAUGUCAGAAGCCAACAUUUCAGACAGGGUUGAUAGGUUGGGGGAUAGAACAAAUAGGCAGAAUCAUUCCCACCUAGCUACAUACGUGCCUCCAACUGAUGUUCCUAGAUUAGUUGCUAUGUAG